CUCGGUUGGGUUCUCUGGCCGCGUCACAGGCUCAUGGUGACGGCGUCAGGUCCGGCGAUGGCCGCCGGGGAGAUCUUCCGCCGGCGCGCCUCCACCAUCCUCUGGCAGGUAGAGUUUCCUGCCGCACAAACUCGCCGGCCGCGCCGCUCGAGCUCGUCCGCGUAUCCACGCCACCGCCGCCCGUGCUGCCCCUGGUUUGCUGCGCCGGAUUAAUCCUCGCUGCCUGACUUCCACGACGGCGCGAUUGGUAGGGUAAAUAUCUUGGGUAGAUAGAUGCAUAUUGGGUGCUGGAUUUCUUGUGAUUUCAAUGCUUUCAUCGACUAGGCCGAUACAAUAGCUAGGGUUGGCUUUGGGCUUUGGCGCGGCCCUAAAUGCGUUGCUCUCUAACUGUACUGAGUGCUAUAGCACGCAUCUAUGAACCUUUCCCAUUCUUGAUGCCAUGAAUUGUUCUCUUCGACAAAGCCUCAUUAAAAUUAUGUAUGAUCAUGGCAAAUCCGCCUUGUGCUCUUCCAAAUGUUCCUAUUCAACAGCUGAAAUCAACAAGCACUCAGUUAGUCCUCAGUGACCCACGUGCCUUUGAAGAAUUGUUGCAUUUAGAUAGCAGCCUGCCAUCCAACUAUUUCCAUGGAUCAACAUCAUAGCAUUUGACUAACCUGCCUAAUUGUCACAGGUCCCACUAGUUCUUGCAAUAGGGCCUGAAAUACCACUUUUACAAUUCCCUUCACAACAGUUAACCAUAGUGACAUUUUUUUUGCCUGCACUUCUUGGUGAUCUUAUAAGCAGAUCCAUAUCCUACAUAUUCCUCAUUGAUAUAUACUACUGGAAUCAAGCAGCGGUGUGGAGGGAGAAUCUGACAUGGUUACAUUGCGGCACUGCUGUCAAUGGAAGCUUUCAAGCUGUGCUGGUUCCAGAUGUUGGCUAAUUCUAAGUUCUUGGUGAUCUUCUCGGCAGGUCCAUAUCCUUCAUAGUUGACAGUUACUACCAGCAGCAUCAGGGUGUGGAGGAGAAUCUACAGAAGUUACACCAUGUGCUGCUGCGGAUCCAAGCCAUCGUUGAGGAGGCGUCAAGUAGGCACAUCACAAAUCAAGCUAUGCUGCUGCAACUUACGAUGCUGAGCAAUAUGAUGUACAGAGGCUACUACUUCCUUGAUAAUUUCAGGUACCGAAUCGUUCGACCGCAUGCUCAAGAUGAGCUGGGUGAUCGCUCUCUUGGCAUGUCCCCUUUCAGUCCAUUUAAGCGGUUGUGCUUCUCCACUAGAACACGGAAAAUUGUAUCUGAAGUUUUGGAGAGAAAAGAGCUGCAGAAGAUGCUUGGUCACCUGGAAACCAUUGUUUCUGACAUGCAGGAGUUUGUUGUGUUUCUAAGCAGCUACCCUCGUAUGGGUCGCCAGCCUUACUGCAGCUACUUGUUGCUAGAAAAUUGCAUGUUUGGCCGCCAAGCAGAACAAGAGAGGGUAAUCAACUUCUUGCUAAAACCAUGCCGCCCUGGUGCAGAAGGCUGUGAUGUGCUUCCGAUAAUUGGCCCAGGCAGGGUUGGGAAGAGCACUCUUGUAGAGCAUGUCUGUCGCGAUGAAAGGGUACGUAAAUACUUCUCUACAAUUGUUUUCUACAGCCCAGAUGGUAUUGGGGGUGAAUACCAUGCGCUUCUUACAGACACCGUUGUAAUCAAACAUCAAAAUCCUUCAUCGACUGAACAAUCAUUGCUUGUCAUUGAACUUUCCAAUGAUAUGGAUGAUGAAACAUGGAGAAGGAUACUGCACAGAUUGAGAAACCACAUAACACCUGUGAGUAAGAUCAUAAUAACAAGUCGAUCAAAGAACAUAGCAACUUUUGGAACAACAGGAGCACUUCAACUAGAUUUUCUCCCAAAAGAAGCAUUUUGGUACUUCUUCAAGACAAUUGCAUUCGGGAGCUCAAAUCCUGAAGAGGAGCCGAAACUAGCAGCCGUAUGUAUGGAGAUCGCCGUCCUGAUGAAUGGAUCGUUCAUUGGAGCACACGUCAUUGGUGGAAUACUCAGGUCAAAUCUUAGUGCUCAAUUCUGGUACACCUUUCUUGAAUACUAUAGAUAUUUCACAGGCUGGUAUAUCCACCUCCAAGGUGAACAUCAGAGCGACAUGUUUAAGAAAAGAAGUGGACUUACUUACAUUUGGUCGUAUAAAAAUUGGUCUGCUGUGACGGCGACAUUCCAUCUUUAUCAAAUAAGUUCUGCGAAUCUGAAUGAUCUGCCCGUGAUACGAACAAGCGAACUUCUUACUAGAGAUAUUAAGCUUGAAGGGAAAUUUGAUGCCCUAGAAUGGCGAUCUAGUGUACCUCCUUACUACAGCUACAUGGUGCAUCACGAGGUACUUGCACGACCGCCAAUUAUUUUUCCUAAGAGGAAGCGAUCCCGGCCGAUCUAACAAGGGUUAGUUUGAUCUAGAACUAGUUUUGAGACAUACUCCGGAGUAUCUCCAUCAGUAUGGCACAGGAAACAACCAUGAUGUUAUAACAGCAAUAGAGUAAUAGACUGAGUUUAGCAAUUUUGUUAAUUCACUUCUUAGCAAGUUAUUCUAGCAAUUAGCAUGGAGUUUCAACUAUGUAUUUUCCCUUUUUGACUGAUAUUAUUAGCUGUGUCCAUCUAUGGUUGGAAGUUUACGAUGUAACUAGCAUGAUGGCCCACGCAGAUUGUGCGGCUAGCAUACUUAUACUCUCAUAUAAUA